CGACAUGAUGACUAUAACACACUCCAGAAUAACCUCAAGGACGGGGAAAACAUGACGCAUUUUGCAAUACCCCGACAUAGUGGUGUCCUUCAGGAACUUUACGACAUUCACUGUAAUAACAUUCGCUCCCUCCACAACGGAAGUGUAACCGAUAGUGAGGCAAACACUGAUCUGAAGUUCACGCUUAAGGCUCUCGAGUCCCAAUCUAUCUCAGGCGAGACGUCCGAACAGAUGAAGACGAUGCUGAAGAUGAAGCGCACACGACUGAGACAAUUGGUGGUGGCUGUGUGUAUAUACAGUUUGCUACUGAGUCUGUGUCUGUACCAUGUAGUCAGCGUCUAUCAGCAGCCACAUGUCCUAGAACAGAGAUGUCAUUAUUUGGAAGAUAUAUCACUGCUUAGACACGUUUUGAUGAACAUCCAGAUGGAACUUCGGGCAACCAUUAUAAAUCAAUCCUAUCAUGAAUUCCGUCUGAAGGUCGACCGGGCGAUAUCCAAACUCGGGCAUGAUUUUGAGAAUCCAUCAUUUAUUCUAGGAACACUUAUCAAAACUCGAGUACGAUUUGUUCAUGUCCUGUCUGAGAUAAGACUUGAGGCGGACACAUGGCAAAAUUUUCCCGGUCUUUGUCCCAAAAUAUAAAUUAUUGACGCAUUUCAUAUAUGAUAAUCUGAUAGAGGUGGCGCGCCAGAGUCAUUUUACAACAGAUGUGUCUAUCAAAGGAAUUGACAAAGCCUUAGAAGUGUUGACAAUGCUUCAGGAAGUUGAUAUCUACAACAAGUUAGACUGUUCUAUAGCGAUCAGUAGCAACGAAACCAGUCUUCGUAGCACUUACAAUAACGCCAUAAUGCAGGGCAUCAACAACAUUAGGGCGCACAAUAUAGUGCUGGGUUUUCGUGGUGUGAAAGUUAUAACACCACAGGAAUGGAAUUUUCUGUUUUCACUCGGACAAAACACAAGAAUAUUUCCAAACAAGGACUUAGUCGACAUGCACGAAAACAGUUCUCAAAAUUUUAUGACUUGUAAAGAAAUAGAGUUUGAGCUGACAAGCAUUAUUAAUAAUGUUAUGGCGUUGUCAGAAGGUUUGUUUUCUAGUCUGACCAACAGGAUAAACGAGGAACACAGCGACGCGAUUAAGAAAAUCGUAAUAUACACCAUGUUAUUCCUAUCAUGCGUUGUACUCUUCGGUAUCGUUUGUGUCCUGCACCAUUUCACAGUGAACAGGUUAUUGGCGCUGGGGGUCGUCGAGGACAGACUGAAUAAACAAUUGAUGGAAGAGCAAGAUAGAAUAUCUGUCAUUUUGCUGGAUGUGGUACCCCCGGAGUACAUACAAUUGGUAAUGAAUGGAACCGAUAAAGUAUGCACAAGCGUAAAACGUAAAAUACAAGACAAAAACAAUAAAAACAGCAAUAAAAUCAGUUUGAAAAGUUCUUUCGAAUCUCUGGUCAAAACAUUAAAAAAAAGCUCUGUGCAACCUACAAUAUCAACUAUCUCAACCGAAGAUGAAAAACACACUAAACGGUACGACGGUGUUCCAAUCAACGUACCCAUUCUCAAGUGUGUCAAGCCUGAUGUGACAUUCGGGACGCUUGACAGUGCCACGCUGUUUAUGUGUGACUUUAUACAUCUAAACGACCUGGUGGCCGUAUACGAACCUGAUCAACUAAUCAAUCUGGUCACAUGUCUCAUCCAGAUCCUGGAGGAGCGGACCAAGCUUUACGAUGUCCACGUUCUGUGUAAAAACAUAAACAUGUUCUCCGUCAUUUCCGGAGCACAAUCCCAGCAUGCACUUCGACAUGUAUCCGAGAUAGCUAAUAUGGCGCUGGACAUCCGGGCUUCGUGCAGUGAUCUGGAGAUAGACGCACUUCCGGAUUCAAAACUACGUAUGCGUAUAAGCAUACACGUGUCCGAUUGUUUGUAUAAAUUGUCGUCACAUCCGGAGCCUCGUUUUCACAUAUACGGAGAACUUGUGGAUAUGACCAGACAACUACAGAAGAACUGCACCGCAAACAGAAUCCACAUUAGCGAGGACGUUGGAACAAUACUGCGACAGGAGCAUCAGUACCAAAUCGAGCGAAGAGGAAUGAUGAUAUGUACGGAUGGUAGGUAUUUGUCUACGCAGUGGUUGCUUGGCCGGCGAGUAUCUGUAUGUAACCCCAACCAUCACGAUUUCCGAGGUAAAAACUCUAUGCCCAUUCAGCUUGCGGAGAAAGCGAUCUACAUAUUCGACAAGGAGAAGGUCAAAUACAUCUCCCCAUACUGGAUGACUCCUUCAGGCCAGUUCAACGAGUCAAUAUCGAUGAGUGAAUCGUCCUAUUCUGAUUCUGAUGGUAGCUUUAAUGAUAGUCAACACGAAUAGAUACAAACACUACAUGAAAGAAUCAGGUUGAUGAAGGCCAUGUAAAGUUUUAUCAUCGUCCCCAAGAUGGCAUAAGUAAAUAUUCUUAUAAUCAUUCUUUUGUAUGAUGAUAAAAAUAUACGUAUCUUCUGCGGCGUCUGAUACAAUCAUUCAAAUAUGUUAUUCAAUCGUCAUUCCAUUCAUUCAUGUUUGAUUUAACAUCAAACCAUCUUCGCUGACGUCACAAUUUAUAGACGCCAUUUCUUUCCGAUGCAAGUUGGAGUAUCAAAAGAAAUAUAUUAUAUAAAGCGUAAUUUGACCUGUACUCAAGCUGGAAGUAAUGUGGCUGUUAAAUGAGGCUUAUGAUAUCAGAAGGACAUGAAUUUGACCGGAUAAAUACUGCAUGUUCUCAUGAAUUUACAUAAAUUUGCCAAUGAAAUUGUUUUGAUGCAUUUUCCGAAAUAACGGAAUAAUCACAAUGUAGGAAAAAGCACUUAUGUUUGUUUGCGUAAUAAAAACAGUAUAGCGAAAAACAAUUGUUUGAAGUAACGCCGGAUACUUUUUCACGCAGACAAGUUCACGCAUUUGCUGACAAAAACUUGUACAUACUCUAGUUAUACAAUAAUAAUUUAUACAUCAAAUUGUUCUGGAGCCAAAUUCAAAAAAAUAAAAAAAAUAAAAAAAUCAAUAUGAACUGUUUCGAAAUUAAUUUUUUUUCCCUUCAGACCAGUUCCAUCAGCUUAUGAAAUUGAGAAAGGCAAGCUUUUGAAAUAUUUGAUGGAAAAAAUAUCUUAUAUUAUGUGCUUACAUAGGGAUUCUCUGUAUAACUUUUAUUACCUUAUAGUUUAUGGAUGUUUUAGAGAUGUAUUACAUCUCUCAAAUACAUUUCACCUCAAUCGUCAACCCUAUCAAUACUACUGUGGUACAGUAGUAAGACACUUGUCUUUCACCUAGACGACCGGGUUCGUGAAAGGUAUGAGGUCACCUGCCUGACAUUGUGGGUUUUUCCCAGUUUCCUCCCACAGUAAGGCCCCUCGAGCGCUUCAAUCCGACCCGGACAAGCAUGGUUAAUAUAAGUUGAUAUAACUUUUUUAACAAUUGUUUUAGAUAAAAUAUAGUGUACAUUUGUAUUUACACGUUGACGGUCUUGAAUAA